CUUCCCGCCUAUUUAAGAUCCUCGAUCCUUCACAAUUCAUUCGAACUCGGAAGGACAUGGCGCCAAAAAAGAGCUUACAGCACUCAUCAAUUCCAAUCGGAAAUUGCGAGAUCUCAAUACAAGGAAAGGCUACCUGCCAAUCGGAUCCAAACUGCCUUCUCAUUUCUGCAUCUAAAAAUACAAAAAUAAAAGUUUCAGUAAUGGAAGACGUGGAUGGCAAGAAUUGCAAUGAUCUUCGGCAUUUGAGAUUGGAAGAAAGUGUGAAAGCAGAGAGAACAUCUUUUGGGGAUGAGUACUUCUUUUUGCUUAUUAACCCUAAGGAUGUCUGUAGCCAAAGCAAAUCUCUUCUUCAGGAGGUAUUGAACAUAUACAAGGAGGAGUUGCCUGCAAUGAAUUAUGCUGCAAAUACUGGGAAAGAGUCAAUGUUCCUUGAAAGAUGUGUAUCAAAUGGGAAAUAUUGCUCAUUGCUUUUGCUAUCAAAUUUCAUGGAAGGACCUGGCAAGGUUAUAGCUGCAGUUACUUACCAAAUCAUUCCUGCUGACACACAGUAUGCUGAGAUUCCUCUUACUGCUGUUAGCUCAAACUUUCAAAGCAAGGGGAUUGGUCGCCUCUUGUACAUAGAAUUGAGAAAAAGGCUUCAGAAUGUUGGUAUUCGCACGAUAUUCUGCUGGGGAGACAAGGAAUCUGAAGGAUUUUGGCUCAAGCAGGGUUUUGUAUCGAUAGCAGAAGUGGAUACCAAAGGGAGAGCUCGCAGACUACCCAUUAGGGCUGACAUUCGCAGGGCACUGUGCUUUCCUGGUGGAUCAACCCUCAUGGUUUCUCAUCUCAGCAAAGACAUUUCAGCUAACUUUUCAGAUGCUGUGAAGAAGUCUUUUUCAUUAAAGCCUCAUGAGAAGUCCUCAUCACUUGAUGUUCAAAUUCAAGGGCUGGGAGAUAUAGGGGAGAGUCUUGAUACUCUAAAAGCACCAGUUCAAACUAGCCUUAAAACAUUUCUACCUCAUGUUUUGGUGAAGGAUGGAUUCCAGAAAGAUGAUGACAUGUUGGAUGGUUCUUUUCAUAAUCAUGAGUCAAUAAAUGUCUGUAGAGACCUGGUUCCUUUUGAGGAAGUAGAUUGCAACAACAUGACCAAUGAUGUAAGAUUAACUGGUGUUGGAACUGAUGUUGAAGCAAACUGUUCCUGUUCUGCACAUGGUGCCAAAAAGAGGGUUUGGGAAGCCUCAUUGUCUUCACUGAAGUCCAAAAAAGUAAAGGGAAGUCAUCAAAUUGGCUGCCAGUUAGAUUCCAACUGGGAUAUUGUUUCGGGAAAUGGUAAAAUAGAUAAUGUGUGUUUUGUUGGAUGCUCCUUGGGCACUACUAGAAAUGAAUCUUUGUCUGAAGUUCUCCCUAGGGAUAUUCUGUCCAGUAGCUAUGUAGAGAAGAAUGUUGAAGAUUGUAGGCCACUGUCAAAAGAUCAGCUCAGCUUUGAACUUCAAGAAAAGGGAGAAGGAUUUAGAAUCAUGUUGAUGAAUAUUGCUGAUGAUACUAAGAAAGCACAUCUUACAAAGAUAAUCAAGGAUCUUGGUGGUUCUGUAACCUCUGAUGGAAGUGCAUGCACACAUGUUGUCACAGGAAAAGUGAGAAAGACACUGAAUUUUUGCACUGCUUUAUGUUCCGGAGCUUGGAUACUAUCUCCUAGUUGGUUGAAAGAAAGCUUCCACGAGGGCAGAUUUGUGGAUGAAUCAGCAUUUAUUUUAGAAGAUGCUGAAUAUUUGUUUAAGUACAGAGCUGAAAUAAAAAGUGUAAUUCUUAGAGCAAAGGCAAGGCCCCGAGCUUUGCUUAAAGGAUACAGUGUAUGCCUUGCACCUCAUGUGCAACCUGCAGUUGAGACCUUAUCAACAAUUGUCAGGUUUGCUGGCGGAAAGGUAAUUUAUGGAUUGGAUGUGGUUGAUGCAUCAAAAACAAUUUUUGUGGCGUGUGAAAUAGACAUGGAGGAAGCGCUGUUGGCAGUGAAGAAAAGGAUAUGGACUUUCAGCAGUGAAUGGUUUAUGAACUCUAUCAUGAGACAGGAGCUCGACUUUGAGGCCCCCCAGUUUGCGGAGUCUCUGUAAAUAGACGUAUCAAGAUUGCUACGAUCAGUCACCUGACGGCGCAGCUUCAUGGCGAAAAUGGCGGCAGAGUCAGUGACUGUGUCCGUACAAAGAGCUCCAUUUAGCUCCAAGUGGCAAGCUUCAAGAAGGGACAAGUUGCAUACCCAGGUUCGAGCUUCUCAGUCCAUGGAUGACAAGAACAAAGUCUUCAAAGAGCUGGGUCUGUCUCCAUAUGCUUUCCCUCUUCUCAUACUUUCACAGUUUUUGAUAAGGAUGGUUGAGCCCCCCUUUUUUUCCUGAUUGUUUGUCUUUCCGUUGUCGAAAUUUUGAAAUGGGUGUUACCCUAGUGCUAAAUCCAAUUGCUUUAAAUGCCGAAAUAUUACUUAUUAUUGUGCAAAUCCAUUCUGGAUGUUCAAAUUUGAAAACGGGUAGGACUCUUUUUCUCUAAA